AAUGAAUCACGUAGCACUAGAACAGCCCUUCUUCAUGCGAUCUUGCCAGACCUAUUGGAGAAACUCCCCCCAAGGCAAGAUCUGUCACUCUUCACUCAUUCGCUGGAAGACGAUCAGAAACUAUGUUAAAUGCGCCAAGAAACACACAGGAGCGUGUUGUGCAGCCUUCGAGAGGUUUCCGGUCAGAUCGACUCACUGAGAGGGGAGCAGGUUUCAACAGUUGACGCGGAGAGAACUGUGAGCGCAGGAGAAGCGAUUCAUUCUGAUUAUCUGAAAUCUUUUUACCCCUUUUUUUAUUCUUUUACGCAUUUUUGCGUGUCAGAGAGGAGGGGGAUUGUCUGAAUGAAGGAUGCAAGGGCGCUGGGUCCAAUUGGACUGGAUUAUGGGAUUACUGGACUGAUUAUAGGACAAUCAUCGGGCAAAAGUCGCUGCCGUGCUGUUGAUGGUCUUGAAUGACGGGAACACAAAAGGUUGGACAGGAGGAUCAGCGCUUUUAUUCCACUUUGUGGCAUGGAGAGGCUGGAUGUGCUGCACGGACGCAACGCGUAUGCAACAGUGUGCCGCACAGGGGGAAAAAAGUCCAUGCAUUGUGAAUGGUAACAUCGGGGGCAGUGCUGCAUUUGGAAUGGCCAUGUCAGUGUUUGCUGUAGCCUAGGUGUUAAUGUCGCAUGAGGGCAAUGCGCUUUUGUAAGCCGCACGGUCUGAAUAACCUUCACAACGCGACUCAAACGCUUUAACCUUGAAUACGUUUGGGAAUAUUAAUACUUUAUAGUCAUCGAUUAUUCAUCAGGAGAGGAUUAAUAACAAAAACAAAGCAAUUCUCGUGUAAGAUGCGUGGUUUCAUAUUUUAUUCAUACAUCAGGAGUCGUCUAGCGGUCAUCUUUGUUUACAGAAGAGUUCCAGAUAGGCACAUGAAAAAGAGGUUAUUUAAAACAGAGAAGGCUCAUGAAUCAGUUUAAUACCUAAUUAGUGUGAGAUCGGUGUAAACCACAUGCCUGCUUUGGGUUUAGUACUCUAGCUUUGCUGUAAUCAACAGGUUGAAAGUCAAAAGGGUUUUUUUUCCCCCUGUCUACCACUGCUGCAUAUCUAGUUGAAGGGAUGCGUCUCUCUGUUCCCAUUUUCCUUCUUCUCUGGGUUAAAGCCCUGACAUUGAAGAAUCUAAAUUACUCUGUCCCAGAGGAGCAAGGACCUGGAACCGUCAUAGGGAAUAUCGCGAAAGACGCUGGCUAUGGGACCAUCGAGAGGGGAAAAAAAUCCAACUUCAGGGUGCUGGAGAAUUCUGCACCACACCUGGUGGAUGUUGACCCAGAGAGUGGACUAAUUUUCACCAAACAAAGGAUCGACAGGGAGACGUUAUGCAGGCGCAACCCAAAGUGCCAGCUCUCCAUGGAAGUGUUUGCCAACGACAAGGAAAUUUGCAUGAUCAAGAUUGAUAUACAGGACAUAAACGACAACUCUCCCAGUUUUCCCUCAGAUCAUGUUAAUAUUGAUAUUUCAGAGAACGCAGCAGCUGGGACACGUUUCCCUCUGACUAUUGCACAUGACUCCGACUCAGGAGAAAAUGGGAUAAAAACCUAUCAGGUCACAAGAGAUGACUACAAUACGUUCUCUUUGGAUUUAAAAGUGAGGGGUGAUGGGACUAUAUACCCAGAGCUGGUGGUUCAGAGACUUCUGGAUAGGGAGGAUCAGAGCCAUCACACCCUUCUUCUCACUGCAAUCGAUGGUGGGGAGUAUCCAAGAUCAGGCUCCAUGCAGAUCAAUGUCAGAGUGACUGAUUCAAAUGACAAUAGCCCAGUAUUUGAUAAAUCCUCCUACGUACUAGAGAUUCCUGAGAAUUCACCUCCAGGAAAAGUGCUUAUAGACCUGAAUGCCACAGACCAAGAUGAGGGAAGCAACGGGCAGGUGGUUUAUUCCUUUACUGGAUAUGCAUCUGAGAGAAUCCAAGAUUUGUUCGCCAUAGAUCCAAAUACUGGCGUCAUCAGGGUCCAGGGUGAAAUUGACUUUGAGCAGAAUCCAAUCAUCGAGUUUGAUGUUCAAGCAAAGGAUAUGGGGCCCAAUCCCAUUCCGGGCCACUGUAAAAUCACAGUCAAAGUGCUUGACAAAAAUGAUAACUCACCAGUAAUAAGUUUCGUCUCUGUUCGACAGGGAGCCAUCAGUGAGGCGGCUCCCCCAGAGUCCGUCAUAGCUCUGGUCAGAGUGACGGAUAAAGACUCGGGCCGUAACGGUCAGCUCCAGUGUCGGGUGCUGGGAAAUGUACCUUUCAGACUGCAGGAGAACAAUGAUAAUUUUUACACUCUGCUCACCGAUAAACCCCUGGACAGAGAAACGAAGGACGAAUUCAACGUUACAAUUGUAGCACGAGAUAAUGGGAUUCCUUCUCUUAACAACACAAAGUCUUUUACUGUGAAAAUCUUAGAUGAGAACGACAAUGCUCCACGCUUUACAAAGUCUCUGUAUGUGCUACAGGUGCCUGAGAACAACAUCCCAGGCGAGUACCUGGGCUCAAUUUUGGCCCACGAUCCAGAUGUAGGUCGAAAUGGAACUGUGUCAUACUCCAUAUUGCCAUCCCACAUAGGGGACGUUUCAGUGUACACCUUUGUGUCUGUUAAUCCCACCAACGGAGCCAUUUAUGCGUCACGUUCUUUCAAUUACGAGCAAACUAAGUCCUUUGAGUUCAAAGUUCAGGCUAAAGACGGAGGCUCUCCUCACAUGGAGAGCACCUCCACAGUCAGGGUCAACAUUCUUGAUGUGAAUGACAAUCUUCCAGUUAUCAUUUUACCUCUUCUUCAAAAUGAUACCGCUGAAAUCCCAGUGCCUAGAAACGUGGGUAUUGGGUACAUCGUUGCUACAGUGAAAGCAGUGGACCAUGACCACGGAGAAAGUGGACACUUGACUUACGAGAUCACAGAGGGAAACGACGACCACCUGUUUGAGAUGGAUCCAGUGGGAGGAGAGGUCAGAAUCGCCCACACUCUCUGGGAGGAGAUCGCCCCAGUGGUUGAGCUGGUGGUGAAGGUAACUGACCAUGGCAAGCCCCCCUUAUCUGCCGUGGCUAAGCUGAUCAUUAGGGCCAACACAGAGACAGCAGCAGGAGGGGGUUCCAGCUCGAGCGGGGAACAGCAGCAAUGGGAUGUGUCCCUGCCCCUCAUAGUUACCCUCUGCAUUAUCUCUGUCAUGCUCUUAGCCGUCAUGACCGCCAUCGCUGUCAAGUCCAAGCAUCAAGAUAAGGAGAAUGGGAAUUAUAACUGCCGCAUGGCUGAGUACUCCAAUCCUCCAGUGGGGAAGGGGAAAAAGAAAAGGAUCAACAAGAGUGACAUCAUGCUGGUGCAGAGUGAGAUGGAGGAAAGAGAUUCUGCGAGCCGGAUGAACGUGGUGAGCAGCCCUUCCCUCAUCACCUCACCGAUAUGUUUUGACUACCAGAGCCCUUUGCCCCUCACGCUUCCCAGGUCAGAGGUCAUGUACCUGAAAACCACCCCGAACAGCCUGACGGUGCCUAGGUCAGGGUGCCACUCCAGCUUUUCUGGGCUGAGCUCCGACACUCCAGCAAAUAGGAUGUCAGUGAUACAGACGGAAAAUUUCUCCUCAGAGCCCAAUUAUUCUGGCAGCAGGCAGCCAUUUGUUCAAAGCUCAACAUUUAAGGAUGCAGAACGAGCGAGCCUGAGAGACAGUGGCCAUGGCGAUAGUGACCAGGCUGAUAGUGACCAGGAUACUAAUAAAGGCUCACACUGCGACACAUCUGCCAGGGAGGCCCUCAAGAUGAAAGCAGCAGCAGUUAAUGGCCAGCCUUUUGAGAGGGAGCAAGACAAAUCAGUCCACUGCACCGAUGAAUGUCGUGCACUGGGACACUCUGACAGAUGCUGGAUGCCAAAGUUACGGGUAGGAAGCCAAGCAGACAACGCAGAUAAUCGCACCAACCUUUUCAUCCCUGUGGGAAUGGAUGCCAUGGUAGAGACAGAGAUUUAUGGCACCAUCAGCCGCAGCAGCAGAAAAGCCCUCACCACGUUUGGAAAAGAACAGCGGGACAGUACAGUCCUCGUGGCCAAUGUCAAACCUUACUUAAAAUCGCAGCGUGCUCAAAGUCCACCGCUGCAAGAGAGUCCAUCUGCAUCCAGCAGUCCCACCAAGAGCUGUACGCCCCUGGACUUGGCCAACCAAGAGUCAAAAGAAGAGCGGGACAGGGCGUCAGACAGCAGUGCCUACGGCCCUCCAGAUGGCCAGUGCUCCCCUUUGCACACCGAGCUGGAGGAGCCCUCCUACCUGACCUGUGAGCUCAGGCCCAAGUCCCUGUCAAGCAGUCUCAUUCACAGCUCUGUCAUCAGUCAGGAGUGUGGGGGGUCAGACUGCGCUCUCGACCCGAGGGACUCCGGUAACUGACAGGUGAGGCGAUCACGCGCUCUCUCUCUCUCAGCUGCCAGGCGUCUGAUGAUGAUACCCACGAUUGAUGACUAAGAGUUGAUUUUUUUUCUUUUUGACCCACAGAGGUGUUCAAACACACAUUGUAUAACCAAAAACCAUCUGCUUUCUAUGUUCUUUUGUUUGUUUUCUUCGUUUUCAGUUCGUGACUUGUUGUGUUUUAGGUGAAAUAUGUGUCCUUGACUGCCGUGAAGGUUCCGAGCGGGAGGGAAAAGGGGGGAGGGGGAUCAGUGCUUACCUGACUUCAAGUGUUUCCAUGGUGUACUGUACCUGUCACUUUAGAUGUCUGUAUUUUACACAUUUCAAACUCCAAUUUUGUGAGGCUAUUGAACAAAUUGCUACUGUUAAGCUACGAGUCCUGUCUGCUUUUGUACAGUGAAGCUCUCUGUCUCCAUUUAGUGUGUAAGGAACAUUUCUUUGGAUAUCGCGGGGAACCGAAAUACAUAUCAGUGACGUUACAUUCAAACAGUGAAGUGUCUUAUGAACUGUUAAUGGUGGUGCAACAGGGAGCGUCCCUUUUCAUAAAACCAUUUAAAGUUCCUAUGAAAAAAAAACUACUUUUUUUUAAGAAUGUAUUUGUAAUUUUAUUGUUGUCCUCUGCAGUUUAUGUGAAAAAUAAGCUGUGCUUACACGUAAUGUGGGCUACUGUACUUGUUGUGUACUUUAUUAAAUUUGUAUACACUGUG